CCGCACAGCCGACUGAGCUCUGUGAGGGAGCGAACAGUUGGAUAGAGAGGAACACAUCAUUCGACUCAAGAGAGGACUACUGAAACAAGCAAAAUAGACAGCAACAAAAAACAAAAUAAAAAACACCUGAUUGACCACAAGGAGCAGUUACUGGAGACGUAAAGGGUGCCUGGUGUUGCCUCCCGACACGGAUGGAAGCUCGCUUGAACGGCAUGUUUUUGCAGGACAAGCCUCUCUCCGAAUAGUUUCGCGAGACAUUUUGGUGUCCCGACAGCUAUAGCUGAUGGAAAAUAAAUCUGAAGAGUUGAAAGUGUUUAGGUGUUAAUGUUAUUCGAUACAUCUGUCAUAUACCAUAGCGUAAUUGAAACUGUUUAGAAAGACAGCAGUCUUGAUUUGCAAAAUGCUGACAUCUCUUUCGCGCAGCAGUGGGACUGUUGUGAGCAUGGAUUUAUCCUUCUGCAUACGCUUCACAUUCAUUUGAAACAUUUUUAGUGCUUCGCGCAACUAUUCUUGUAUCGAACUUGCCAUUUUAAAGACAUCGGCUACCUGCAGAGAGAAGUCAGGACUACUGUCACUGUUCACAAGAACAGUCUUGCUAAGCCUUUUACGCACGUCUGUGAGGAAUAUCUACAAAUGUUGCAAGCCAGCAUGAAAAUGAUGAAGAAAAGGAAAUUCACCAUGGCUCUUGGGAAUCUAAACUGAAGAUAUCUGCUACGAAUUGUGCUUUGUGGUGUCCGGUAAAAUAUAAUCCAAACGUCACGUUGGUAGCAUUUGAGACAUAAUAUUGGCUCGUGACUGAAAGCAAGCUUUCACGUAGCUUGUAAAGUAUCGUUUGCUGUUCACGGCACUGCAUGCAGAAGGGAAAGAAAUAACUUCCUAGUGGAGGCCGGAGAACAAGCCAAAACGGAUUUAAAUAACUUGGAAAAGUUACCGGUCCCGUAGUGUAUCGGUUGAAUUGUUGACUUUCUGAUUGAAAUAAAUAUUGCUUUCUAUAUUUAUCUCCUCGAACUGACCAGUAAAGGUUUGGUGGGUUUGUCUCGGGUGGCAUUCGGAACUGCUCCUUUGUAAGUGAGCUUAGCCGAGGAGGCGGCCGCUCUUUUCCGCACUAAACGCUACUUUGCUGACCAAAUCCAUUGCGGGUGGGAUACUUUCCGAUAACGAAGCCGAUAUGGAGGAAUGGAGACAAUGCGGCCGGUGGCUGAUAGACUGCAAGGUUUUGCCCCUGAACCACCGGGUUGUCUGGCCCUCGGCAGUCGUGUUCGACUUGGCUCAGGCGCUCCGAGAUGGUGUACUUUUGUGCCAAAUGUUGCACAAUUUGUCACCUGGCUCGGUAGACCUAAAGCAGAUCAACUUCAGACCACAGAUGUCUCAGUUUCUGUGUCUGAAAAACAUCCGGACCUUCCUGAAGGUGUGCCACGACAAGUUUGGACUGCGGAACAGCGAGCUGUUUGACCCCUUCGACCUCUUUGAUGUCCGGGACUUCGGCAAGGUGAUCUCAGCGCUGUCCAGAAUCUCUCAUCACAGUAUCGCACAGAUCAAAGGCAUCAGGCCCUUUCCUUCAGAGGACACUGCACUGAAUGAAGAUGAUAUCUACAGGAGCCUGGAGGAGCUGGCUGAUGAGCAUGACGUGGGAGAGGACGACAUCUACGACUGCGUCCCCUGCGAUGACGACGGCGACGACAUCUACGAGGAUAUCAUCAAGGUGGAAGUCAGACAGCCUAUGAUUCGAUACAUGCAGAAAAUGGGCAUGUCGGAGGACGACAAGCGCAACUGCUGCCUGGUGGAGAUCCAGGAGACGGAGGCCAAGUACUACAAAACACUGGAAGACAUCGACAAGAACUACAUGAUCCCACUGAAGCAGGUGCUCAGCCCUCAGGACAUGGAAGCUAUCUUCGUCAACUUAGAGGAUGUGAUCAAGGUCCAUGCGGCGCUGCUGAGGGCUAUCGACCUCAACAUGGUGACCGGGGGCAGCGGUCUGGGCAAGAUCUUCCUGGACUUCAAGGAAAGACUCCUGAUCUACGGCCAGUACUGCAGCCACAUGGAGCAUGCCCAGAAGACCCUGGAUGAUCUCAUCGUGACGCGUGAGGAUGUCAAGAUGAAAGUUGAGGAGUGCACCAUGAAGGUCCAGGAGGGCAAGUUCAAGCUGCAGGAUCUGCUGGUGGUGCCCAUGCAGAGAGUUCUCAAAUACCACCUGCUGCUAAAGGAGUUGCUAAGUCACUCGACAGACCGGCCAGAGAGACUACAGCUGAAGGAGGCGCUCGAGGCCAUGCAGGACCUGGCUAUGUACAUCAACGAGGUGAAGAGAGACAACGAAACGCUGAAGAAGAUCAGUGAGUUCCAGAGCUCCAUCGAGAACCUGGUGAGAACCUGGUACAUCUUCCUGUUCGACAAAGUGGUGAUCGUGUGCAAGCGCAAAGGCUACAACUACGAGCUGAAGGAGAUCAUCGAGCUGCAGUACUACAAGAUGUCCGACGACCCCAUGAACAACAGAGACAUGAAGAAGUCGAGUGGGAAAAUGUGGUCGUACGGCUUCUACCUCAUUCACCUGCAGGGGAAGCAGGGCUUCCAGUUCUUCAGCAAGACGGAGGACACCAAGAGGAAGUGGAUGGAGCAGUUUGAGAUGGCCAUGUCCAACAUCAAACCGGAGAGAGCCACGGCCAACCAGCACAACUUUGAGAUGCACACGUUUGAGAAGAACACAAACUGCAGAGCCUGCAAGAUGCUGCUGAGAGGCAUCUUCUACCAGGGCUACUUCUGCUCGCGCUGUGGGACUGGCGCACACAAGGAGUGCCUGGAGGUCAUCACCAUCUGUAAAAUCAAUCCACACGAUUCGGACCCAGGGCUACUCUCCUCAGGUAAGAAACUGUGUUGUUUGCCAGGUCCAAAAAUGGUGGCCCUCAGGAAUUACCACGGCACACCCUCUCCCCCGGGGAAACCCCCUCUCAGCUUCCAGACCGGUGAUGUCAUUGAGCUGCUGAAAGGAGACCCGGACACCGCCUGGUGGGAGGGGCGACUCAUUCAAGGCCAGAAGACGGGCUACUUUCCCAGCUCCAGUGUAAAGCCUUGCCUCGAUCCCAAGCCUUUCCAAGGUUUCACCAGUCGCCAGUCUUCAAGAGAUGUUGACUACACUGUCUACCCCUGGUUUGCUGGAAACAUGGAGCGGCAGCAGGCCGACAACCUCCUCAAAUCUCACAGCAGCGGCACCUACCUGAUCCGGGAGAGGACCGCAGAGGCCGAGAGAUUCGCUAUUAGCAUCAAGUUCAAUGAUGAAGUGAAGCACAUUAAGGUGAUCGAGAAAGACAACUGGAUUCACAUCACUGAAGCCAAAAAGUUUGAGAGUCUCUUGGAGUUGGUAGAAUACUAUCAGUCUCACUCGCUGAAGGAGAGCUUCAAGCUGCUGGACACCACACUCCGUUAUCCCUACAAGUCACGAGAACGCUCCUUACCACGCUCCUGCACACGCUCUCCAGCCUCCUCUGCUUCCUACAACUUCUCCUUCCUCAGUCCUCAGGGCCUCAACUUUACUUCCUCUCAGAGCUCUGCCCCCUUCUGGUCAGUGUUUACGCCGCGUGUGGUGAGCACGGCAGUAGCGCGGUACAACUUUGCGGCGCGGGACAUGAGGGAGCUGUCGCUGAGGGAGGGGGAUGUGGUGAAGAUCUUCAGCAAGAUCGGAGGAGACCAGGGCUGGUGGAAAGGAGAAGCCAAUGGCAAGAUUGGCUGGUUCCCCUCCACGUAUGUUGACGAAGAAGGUGUCCAGUGAGACUGGAGGGCCUCAGGCCAUCACCUCCAAUCAGAAUGCCGGACUCUCGAACCCACUGCCCUCUGAGAGGAGACUUUGGAAACGUGUGGAAUAUUCCUCCUUUUUUGUGCUGGAAACAUCUUCUUUCAGAAAAAAAAGCCAACAGUGGAUGUUUGUACAGCUGUCCUCUUUUUGUCCUGUACAAAACAGCGCUUCAUUUUUUUCUUCUCCCUCUUCUACUGUUUUUCUCUUCAUCUCUUUAUCUGUGUCGUCCUAUGAAGCAUUUGUAACGUCCAUUGGAUCUCUGUGAUGACCAUGAGACAUCGAGGAGGGUGAAGUCCAGACUAUGUGCUUAGGGCUCUGAGACCACUUCCUCCUUCGGACCAGAGUCCCACUGCCAUGCACAGAGACCAGAGGGAAAGCUUUGCCUCUGUACAGUAGUAUCAUCCACUGGGUUUUGCUGUUAGCCUAUUGGGAGUUGGGUGGGGAAAUAUAUAUGUAUAGAUAAUUUAUUUAAAGAGAAAAAAAAGUAAUUAUAUUAAAAAAAAAAACAAUUGUGCAAGGUGGGGUGAGUUGUAAGCCUUUCAAAAAGCACGCCAGAGACGGUGACAGAGAGAGAAGAAUCAAGAGAGGGAGGGGUGGGGAGGAGUUCAAAGAAAAGAUGCACUUUGCUUUUCUUUACGACAAAGAAUUUGCCUUAGUUGUCAUGGUGAUGCCUUU